CAGAGGCAAAGGCGAGGUCACGGGUUCGACGAUGCGUGGGUCUUCUUCUCCUCAGCACAUGACAGAGGCGAGAUCUGGACGUGCUCCAGGGCCUCCACCUCCACCUAGACCUCCAGGUGGCGUACCUCCUCCACCUCCUCCUGCUGGUGCCAAAGGAGCAAUUCCUGAUGCAAGAGGCCUAUCUGCAGGGAGGGGGCGUGGGCUUUCAUGUCCUAUAGGGAUGGGGACCGCUGUUGCUGCCCCUCGAAGAUCUUCAUUAAAACCAUUGCACUGGAGCAAGUUUACAAGAGCAUUGCAAGGAAGCUUGUGGGAAGAAUUGCAAAGAUAUGGGGAUCCUCAAAUGUAUUUCAACUCCUGUUGCUGUCCUAUCGUUCUAUUAUUAUGAAUUAGUAAUAUUUUUCUAUUUUUUCCUUUGAGAAGUACCAAUAUAUCCAUCCGCCUUACAUUGUUUGUUUAAAUUCUACCUUUCUCAAUUAGUAAUAUUGAUUCCUUUUGUUUUAGUGCUCUAGAAUUUG